CCCGCGUCGGCUGUGUUCUGCCCGCCGGCCGUGCCCGGCCUGGAGACGAUCAGCGAGGGCGAGGAGGAGGACGACGACUGCGAGCAGCGACCUCCCGACCAAAUACCGGACAGCUGGCGCGAUGAGGACGACGACUUCGUCGAGGUGGAGAUCGCGCCGGUGGGCGGCCUGGCCGGCCUGCCCGAGACUCGAGUCGACUCGAGUCGCGAGUCGAGCGGCGAUGGCGACCGGCCGGCAACCGGCGAGCUCGAGCCGGACGCCGAACCCGAGCGGGACGCCCCCGCCGCCGAGGAGGAGGAGGCUGCCGCCGGAGCUGCCGAGUCGUGGCGACCGAGUGCUGACGUCACGUGGUCAGCUGACAGGCGGCCACGUCGAGGCGCGGAGGGAGAGUGGCGAGGGGAGCGGCGUCGCAGCGGCCGCCCAGCGGUCGGGGGACUCGUGUGAGAGGCAGUCGGUGCAGAGGGCAGAGCAAGCGCCGCCGGACCUGGCGGCUGUGGAGAACUGCGCAGGGUCCGUCGGUGGUGCGCCUGGGCACAAACGGGACGUCACAGACCGGCUGGAGGUGGCCGGAGUCCUGAUCGGCAGUGCGGAGAGGAAGGACGAGGUCGGUGACUCGCAGAAGCAGAAUAGCGAGAUGGCCGGGCUGGAAGGUCCGGUGGCGAGUGAGCUCAUACCCAAAACCAGUGACGUCAUAUGCAUGAGAGCACAAGCUCAGGAGGCUGCUGAGCUUAAGGAGCUCAUGAAUAACGCCGUCCGAUGCCGAGGCGUGGAUGGCACAUCACGUGAACGGCUCCAACAGGCUGUCAACUUCAGCGACAAACGUCACCGGCGACCAAGAGGACGCGUUGCUCUCCAUCGCCGGCGAGAAGCAGGCACCGAGCCUGUCGGACACGGCCGCGGAGGAGGCGGAGGUGCCCAGCCUGGUGCGCCUGGCCGCCGCGGCCAGCCAGUCGGCGCCGACGCUCAACGGGCUGGCGUCGCCGGGCUGGCCGGCUGACGUCGGCGGAGUCGAUGACCCGGCGGGGCCAGAGCAGGGGAGCUCUCCUGGCGGCGCUCCGGCCGGCUGGGAGGAGGUGCGGCGGGAGACUCCGGCGCUCGCCACUGAUGCCGGCUCCGCAGCUGAUGCCGGCUCCGCAGCUGGUGCUGGCGACGUAGCUGAUGUCGACCUCGCAGCUGAUGUUGGCCUCGUAGCUGAUGUCAGCUCCGCAGCUGAUGUCAGCUCCGUAGGUGAUGUCGGCCCCGCAGCUGAUGUCGACCCCGUAGCUGAUGCCGGCGACGCCGGUCACCAGGCCGGCGCAGCUGAUUUGGAGCUUCUGACCGAGGCGCGGUGCCCCGAACAUGAAGGCCAGGAUGUGGUCGUUGUAAGCCACAUCUCCAGCUUGGCUAUGUCUGAAAGGAAUGAGCGUGCUCAGCCCAAGACCACCGGGACGGAUCCAACAUCUGCGGAAGAAACCGAAGGAGUCCCCACAGUGGUGAAGAAGACCGUUUCCACAGUGUCGGGAGAGACGGUUCCGACGAUGAUGGAAGAAACUGUUCCGACGCCAGUGGGGGAGAUCGUCCCGCCACCAGAGGAGAUCACCCCAGAACUGGCGGGGGAGGUCAUCCCAAAACCGGCGGAGAUCGCCCCGCCACCAGAGGAGAUCACCCCAGAACUGGCGGGGGAGGUCAUCCCAGAACCGGCGGAGAUCACCUCAGAACUGGCGGAGAGCACCCCAGAACUGGCGGGGGAGGUCAUCCCAGAACCGGCGGAGAUCACCUCAGAACUGGCGGAGAUCACCCCAGAACUGACGGGGGAGGUCAUCCCAGAACCGGCGGAGAUCACCUCAGAACUGGCGGAGAUCACCCCAGAACUGACAGGGGAGGUCAUCCCAGAACCGGCGGAGAUCACCCCAGAACCAGCGAAGAUUACCCCAGAACCGGCGGAGAUCACCUCAGAACCAGCGAAGAUUACCCCAGAACCGGCGGAGAUCACCCCGGAACCAGCGAAGAUCAUCCCGGAACAAGCGGAGAUCAUCCCGGAACCAGCGAAGAUCACCCCAGAACUGGCGGAGAUCACCCCGGAACAAGCGGAGAUCACCCCGGAACCAGCGAAGAUUACCCCAGAACCGGCCGAGAUCACCUCAGAACCAGCGAAGAUUACCCCAGAACCGGCGAUCACCCCAGAACCGGCCGAGAUCACCCCAGAACCGGUGGAGAUCACCCCGGAACCGGCGGAGAUCACCCCGGAACAAGCGGAGAUCAUCCCGAAACCAGCGAAGAUCACCCCAGAACCAGCGGAGAUCCCCCCGGAAGCGGCGGAGAUCACCCCAGAGCCGGCGGAGGGAGCGACAAAGACGGCCACACUAGAGACGGUACCAGCCCCGGCGGAUGAGACUACCCCAGUGUCGGCAGACAAGACGACCACACUAGAGGAGGCGGUACCAGCCCUGGCGGAUGAGACUACCCCAGUGUCGGCAGACAAGACGGCCACACUAGAGGAGACGGCCCCAGCCCCGGCGGAUGAGACUGUUCCAGUGCCGGCAGACAAGACGGCCGCACUAGAGGAGACGGUUCCAGCCCUGGCGGAUGAGGCUGUCCUAGUGUCGGCAGACAAGACGGCCACACUAGAGGAGACGGUUCCAGCCCCGGCGGAUGAGGCUGCCCUAGUGUCGGCAGACAAGACGGCCACACUAGAGGAGACGGUACCAGCCCCGGCGGAUGAGACUGUCCCAGUGUCGGCAGACAAGACGGUCACACUAGAGGAGACGGUUCCAGUCCCGGCGGAUGAGGCUGUCCCAGUGUCGACAGACAAGAAGGCCACACUAGAGGAGACGGUACCAGCCCCAGCCCCGGCGACGGCGGCGGAGGGCGACGCCGCCCUGUUGCUGCAAGACCUGGACUCGCCGCUGCCAGGCGCCACACCGCCGCCGCGCCGCCGGCCGGCCGGCUCCGACUCCGACUCGGACUCCGACUCGGACGUGCUGGUGGUGGACACGGAGUCGCACGAGGCGCACCUGCUGGAGGGCGGCGACUACGAGAGCCUGCCGGUGGACGAGUCGGCGGCGGCCGGCAUCACGCGCUCGGUGGCCUCGUACGACCUGGAGCUGGACAUCGACGCGGCCAUCCCGACGUACGACGACGUGCGCGCGUUCGGGGACGACGACGGGCUGUCGUCGUCCGACUCGGAGGCGGGUGCUGUCGCCGAGGCGGCCUUCCUGGACGAGCCGGACCUGUGGGCGGCGUCGGAGUCGGCGGCGCGCCGCCAGCGGCUGCGUCAGCUGAAUGUGCAGCUGGGCGUGCCCGAGCGGGAGCAGCAGCUGCGCCGACUGAACCAGGAGUGGGGGCUGUCGCCGGUUGAUGACGAGGGCCGCUACACUCCGGACUGGGAGGCCGACGAUGACGAGGACGCGCUCAGCUCGACCAGCGGCGAGUUCGUCUGGCAGGAGGGCGCCGGCGCGCCGCCGACCGAGUCGGCCGACUCCGAGUCCGACUCGGACCCGGACUCGGAGUCGGGCGAGGAGGAGUUCACGCCGAGCGUGUGGCGCCAGGACAAGGAGCCGGGUCACAGUCUGCUCCGGUCGCCCGAGCACCGCGCCGAGCUGCGCAAGUCGGUGAGCUUCAAGCGCCAGAAGCACCACCGCAUCUACGAGUACCCGCUGGCGUCGCCGUCGCCCGAUCUGGGGCCGGCCUCGCCGGAGCCGGCGGCGGCGCCGCAGCCGGCCGGCCGCCGCACCUGGUCCUUCGUCGCGCCGGCGUCCGUUUCACACUACACCGACUGGGAGCUGGACGAGGAGGAGAUCGAGGACGUGUCGCUGACGGAGCUGCCCGAGUCGCCGGACCGCGAGCUGUUCCUGGACUUGUCGAGCGGCGCGCCGCCCGACGCCGUCGACAGCGGCUACACGGGCUCGUGCGACGACCGCACCUUCGUCGGUCUCGACGCCGGUGCAGACUGA